AUGUCAGAAAAUCCCCUACCUACGUCAAGACAAGAUUGUCAAACUGACCAUUAUGGGAAUAUCAUAGAUUUAAUGCCUCCAAAUUCAAGACAGGUUUUGCGAAUUGCAUUAAACUUAAAAUAUCUCAUAGAUAAACUCAUCCCAAUAGCUAUUGAUGAAUCGGAAAUCGUAAAGGAUGGUUCUAAUGUACUUACCCCUAAAGUGAUUCAACUUACUUAUGAGGCAUGUGGUGGAGAUCAAAGCAAUAAGGAAUACCAACAGAAAUACAGAGCUGUCCUGGUAUUUUGCCUCAUUAAGGUAUCAUCAUGGUAUAAUCAAUUAUCUUCUGUGGAGAUAAGUAAUUCAAAAUUAUAUGAUGUAAGAUCCAUCACCGCCCAACAAUUAGCAAAGAUAAUCAUCGCUAAGGAGGAGAAAAAAAAUCUACACUUCUUAUUCAUGCAAAUGCUUUUGAGAAAAUAUGCCAUUAAUGAAAAUGAUAAAGAUGUUGAACCUACGAAUGCUGUAGAAAUGGCCACUGAUUUACAUUGUACCAUAGUUAUUGGUUCUAAUGGAUUUCAACGAUGUCUGAGGUGGCUUUGGAGAGGUUGGAUUGUGCAGAGCAGACAUGAUCCUAUGAUAUUUAUCAAGGAGGAAAGAAUUGCAUCAACAAAGUUUUGGCAUCAUUUCAAUCCUGAGAGAAUUAAGACACCAAAAUACCAAAAUAUUUUGCAAAUCAUCUUCAGUAUACUAUUUCUUCUGAUUUUUACUUCAGUGGUCAACGGGAAAUCUGGAACUACAGUGGCCCCAUUAGCGCCAAUAGAAGGUAUUUUUUUUGUUUUUACCUUUGGAUAUAUCUGUGAUGAAAUAUUUAAACUUUAUUAUGUGGGAGUAGCUUACUUUUCAUUUUGGACUUUAUUCAAUGACACAUUAUAUUUGGUCAUAUUAUUUUCCAUGUUUUUCAGAUUUAAUAGCAUAUUCCCAACUUUUUUAAAAAAUCGUCCCCCAGAAUAUUGGGAUAGAAUAUCUUACAGAUUGUUAUCAUGCGCUGCUCCUUUAGUAUGGUCUCGACUAUUGCUCUAUCUAGAAUCCGAGAGAUUUGUUGGUGCCAUGAUGGUGGUAUUGAAACAUAUGAUGAAAGAAUCGUUGGUGUUCUUUGUUCUUUUGAUAUUAAUCAUGUUAGGGUUUGUCCAGGGGUUCCUUGGUUUAGAUUUAUCUGACGGUGAAAGAGAAAUUACUGCCCCAAUAUUAACUAACUUAGUAAUAACUGUGUUUGGUAUGGGAUCAUUUGAUGCAUUUGAACACUUUGCACCCCCAUAUGCUGCUUUUUUGUAUUACAGCUAUUGUUUUAUUGUCUCAGUAAUACUCUUAAAUAUACUGAUUGCUUUGUACUCCAAUGCCUAUCAACAUGUGGUAGAGAAUGCAGACGAUGAAUAUAUGGCUUUAAUGUCUCAAAAAACUUUAAGAUUCAUUAGAGCACCAGAUGAAGAUGUUUAUGUUUCACCCUUAAACUUAAUCGAACUAUGCUUUAAACCUAUAAUGUGCUUGUUAAAUGAAGAAAGAAGGAAGGACCUAAAUUACUUAGUAAUGUUGAUUCUUUAUAGUCCAAUGCUCACAUACGUGGUAAGCAAAGAGAUACGGGAAGCUAAGAGAAUUAAGUAUAAUAGAAUGAAGAACCUUCCUGAUGAUUCCAAUGAAGUUGAUACCCCUUGGGAUUUAGGUGAUGGAUUCUUUGAUUUUGAUGAAAGUUUGUUUGGAUAUAGCGAUGAUAGAAAUGGGUUUAGGGCAACCUUAUCUAUGAAUCGAAGAUCUCAGCAAUUACAAAGGGAAGCGGAGAGAAGUGACAAGAAUUUUUCUGUCAAGAACGAUUGGUUUAAAGAGGUUAAGAGGAUUUCAAACCUUAGAGAACCUGCAAUAUCAUCAGAAUUAUCUGCCCUAGAGGAACGCUUGAACAAAAUGAAUCAACACACAAACAAAGAGUCGGAGGGUAUUAGAAAGGAUAUACAAAAACUAUUAGCUCUGAAAUCGAACGAUGAAGACCGCCCUAUUUGGAAUUAA